AUGUUUCAAUGUACACAGUGCUCAUCUGAAUUUACACGUAAAGAUGCUUUAGUCAGACAUGGAAAAACUCAUACCGGUAUUCGUUUUCCGUGCUCUGUUUGCCCAUCGAUAUUCACCUAUAAAACCAACCUAACCAAACAUUUGAAAAAUGUUCAUGGUUUUGUUAACGUUCCGGCACAUCGUCAGCCCAAUGCACAGAUUGAUCAACCCGUUCCACAGAUUCAGAUUGGACCGCAAAUAUUUGUCCCCGACAUCCCGGCCGGUUCGUCAAAUGAAUUAUCAGAGUCAUCUGUAUGGGGAAAUGACAUCGAUGAAAUGGAUAUGGUUCGAUUAUUAGAAAACUUAGAAAAGGACGAGGAAAAAUCUAGAAAAAGCAAACGUAUGAGAAUGAACGCUACAACAUCAGAAUUUAGAGAAGUUGCUUCAGUAUUCAACGGUUUAAGUAAAAAUUUUUUUAAAAAAAAUAUUGAAAACAUUAUGGAUUAUAGAGUAUUUUUAGAACAGUCAAGGCUUAGUAUUAGGGAUUUACUUUUUAAUUCUAUACAACAAGGUUCAAUAAAAUAUAGUAUUAAAGUAGAGUCAACAUAUGAGAUUCCCAAUACAGACGUGAGAGAAAAUAGGGCAUUUAAAACAAAAUGUAGAUCGAUGUUUUUAGACACUGAUAUAAAUAAUAGUUUAGACGAAGAUUUUAUCAAAAUUAUACAGGAGGAGAAUGAUAUGAUGUUGAAAGGAAGCGGCUUUUCAUUAGUUAGUAUUGAUGAUACAUCUAGAUAUCAUCUAGGUAGUUCAAUUCUAUUAGAUGAGACCAUAGUACCUAAGCUUAAACAUGCAUAUUAUAGAAAAAUAUCUCAAUUAAAAUAG